AUGUCCUUCUGCGAGAACUGGGCCUCGCCAUUUUUGAACAGUUUAUGGUCUGAAAGCACAGAGACAUGGCAUGAGAGUCAGGAGGAUUGGAGAAUAGUUGGGACGAAUCCGUUCAAGCGCAGAUCUGAGAAUGCAUGCAAGAUAGAGCGGAAGCUAGUUGAGUUUCCAAUGAAGCAGAUAUUUGAUAGCAUAGAGACGUCAUUUAAGUUUAUGUCGAUAGCGGCAGAGAGCCACUACUACAUCAUACAGUUUGAGAGCAAGCGCCUUGAUGUUGCGUUUGUUGAUGUGAAUCUUGGGAUCAGAAAGAAUUCUUACGUGAUAUUGGAAGCGGAUAGGGGAGAAGAUUGUGGAAUGGUAGUUGGGGUGACUACGAAGGAGAAGCUUGAAAGGUUAUUCAAGAAGUACGAGGACAUUUCGAAUGAGGUGCAACCAAAGAGGAUAUACAGGUUGGCAACGUUACUUGAUCUUGAGGCAUUGGAAAGGAAGAGAAGCAUGCAAACCAGAGCGCUGGAAUUCUGUAGAGAAAGGGCAUUUAUGAGUGGGCUGGACAUGGAGGUAGUUGGAUGCGAGUAUCAAUGGGAUCUGAACAAGAUAACGUUUUAUUUUGCAAGUGAUGAAAGGGUGGAUUUCAGGGAUCUUGUCAAGGAGCUGUAUAGAGUGUACAAAACCAGGAUAUGGAUGUGCGCUAUAGAAAAAUCCAAAAACAGGCAUUUGAACGAGCUUAUAGAGUCUCAUGUGUUCUGA